GCAAGAUGAACAGCACUUGCAGAACAUGAAGACAUACAGUAGGACAGAGAAAAUGAUACUUUGGGAAUAAAACACGGCAAAAACAGCCUAUGACAAGAAGAAAAAUGACCAAGUUUGGAAAAUGAGAAAUAGUUCCAUUAUUCUUCACACACAGAGAUGACAUAAUGUCUAUUUCAACCAACACAACAUAUCCAUGCAUACCAGGCUCUCUCUGUGAGGUACUUUUUUAUGAAGUGGAACUGAUCGUCAUUCCAGUGCUAUUUCUCGUGGCCUUUCUUGCCACGCUGAUCAUUUUAUUUGUGGUCAAAUGCUCCCAUAAGCCAUCACAACUUUAUGGACACCACAGAAAUGAAAAAGAUGACACACAACACCAUUAUAACACAUACAGCCACCGUAACAGCAACAGACGGCACCUGCAAGGCAUUGAUGCUCCGGCUGAGCUGAACCCAAUGGAACAUGAGAUUAUUCCCAUGACAGCCCAACCUCACCAUGAUAUGCAGAAUCCCCAGCCUGCAGUACCUCAGGACACCACUGUGAGGCAUCCGGGCACCUUCCAGAUGGUCUCUCCACUCGCCCCCACCUUCUCAGUGAAACAGGACAACUUCACUUUGCACAGAGCUGUCAUGGACAGCCAGCCAGUCAUUUUACGAAUGCUUAAAGAAUCAGCGAAUGCCAGAGAGCUCCAGUCCUUUCUGGGGUUUUCCCACUUCCUUUCAGAGUUGGGAUCGCAUCCAUCGCUGCCUAAAGUACUGGGGGUGGAGACUGUGCGCACACCCUUGACAAUAGUGGUAGAACAGCUGGAACACGGAGACCUGCUGAGCUUCCUGUGGAGGUGCAGACAGGACCACACAGGUCAGGCAGCACCGUGUGACAUGACUGAAAAACGAAUCUUUACCAUGGGCGCUCAGAUUGGAUCUGCUCUGGAGUAUCUGCAUAGUAAGAAUCACAUCCAUGGCAAUGUGAGGGCUCGAAGUGUCCUGGUUGGUCAAGACCUGUCGGUCAAGCUGUGGGGUUUGGGUCCGGCAUAUCGCAGGCAAUUGAGUGCAGGCUCUAUAAAAGAUGUGGAAGAUAUGGAAAUGAGAAAGUGGCAAGCACCAGAGGUGUUGGGACAGCAACCUCUCCAACAAAGCAGUGACAUAUGGUCCUUUGGCAUUUUGCUCUAUGAGAUGGUGACUUUAGGAGAUCCCCCCUUCCCCAACAUCAUGGCCAGGGAACUUCUGCAGCAUUUCCAGAGAGAGAACACAAUAACCAAACCCCCCAACUGCUCCAAUACACUAUAUUCUAUUAUCGAGUCCUGCUGUCGGUGGAAACCAAAGAAGCGAGUCUUAUUGGCUGAGCUGAUCAGAAAGCUUCAAUCAGGAGAGAGAAGCGCCAAUGAUCAGGCAGUGCUGCGAGUGUCUGAGCCGCUGGACAUGGAGAAAUACAUGCGUGAAGCGGGCUAUGGAGACUCCUUCAACUCUGCUGCCAUCUAAUGUUCCUUUUAUGUGUCACUUAACUGUGACAGAUAGUAACACACCACUGUCAAAUUUAAAGAACACUAUCACCUCAUAAAGCCUGUGUUAUUCAGGACGUUACAUUGGAUAAAGCUUAAUUGUAACGCAAAUGAGAAGAUACAGUAUGUAAUGUAGAAUAUUCACAAGUUGGAAGAUU